AUGAGAGAGUUAAAUGUCAUUACUUGGACUGCCAUGAUUUCUGGCUAUGGAAUGCAUGGUUAUGGUAUUCAAGCAAUGGAACUUUUCUAUCAAAUGAAAGCACAAGGACCUAAACCCAAUGAUGUCACAUUUGUUGCAGUGUUAUCUGCUUGUGCCCAUGCUGGAUUGGUUGAUGAAGGGAGAAAAGCUUUUGAUUCCAUGAAAAAGAAUUAUGGGUUUGUGCCGAGAAUGGAGCAUCAUGUUUGCAUGGUGGACCUGCUUGGGAAAGCAGGAUUAUUUGAUGAGGCACUUGAGCACAUUCAAUCGGUACCUGGGAAACCAGCACCUGCAAUAUGGACAGCAUUGCUUGGUUCUUGCAAAAUGCAUAAGAAUUUUGACCUAGGAGUCAAAGUAGCUGAACAACUCUUAGGAGUGGAGCCUGACAAUCCCGCUCAUUACGUUCUUCUUUCCAACAUAUAUGCAUCAGCAGGUAGAAUGGAUCGAGUCGAAAUGGUUAGAGAAACUAUGAUUAACAAAGGUUUGAAGAAACAAAUUGGGUAUAGUUCAGUCGAGAUUGAUCAUGCAACUUAUACAUUCUUUAUGGGUGAUAAAUCACAUCCUGAAACAACUGCAAUCUAUCAGUACUUGGAUGAGUUAAUGCGGAAGUUGAAGCAAGCUGGUUAUGUGCCUGAACAGGAACCAGUGAUGUUUGCAUUAGAAGAAGAAGAGGGGGAAUUUGCGCUUAGAUAUCACAGCGAGAAACUAGCUAUUGCAUUUGGUUUAAUGAAUUCAAGAGAUAAAACAACAGUUAGGAUUUUUAAGAACCUUCGAAUGUGCAUUGAUUGUCAUUCAGCGAUCAAGUUCAUAUCAAUUGUUACUGACCGCGAAAUCAUUGUUCGAGAUAAACACCGGUUUCAUCAUUUUAAACAGGGUGUUUGUUCUUGCGGAGAUUACUGGUAAGAAGAGUUACUCAUUCAAAGUUCAA